CUCGCCCCCGCUUCUGGCCUCGCGCUUCCACCGCCAGCGAGUGUUAUCGCGCGGCUCCAGGACUCAGCGAGGCCGUAACGCUGCGUCUGCCUCGAUACAGGCUGAAGUCCAGUCCUAGAAAGGAGAGACCUGGGACUCAUUCUCAGGGGCCUGGCCUGCCCAGCCACAGCAGGACCAGCUCCAUUCGCUUUGUCAGCCCUCCACGGAUGUUUGUCCCCUCGAGCAUGAAGGUCUUCCUGCCGGUGCUGCUGGCUGCCCUCCUGGGUGUGGAGCAAGCCCACUCCCUGAUGUGCUUCUCCUGCACUGAACAGAAGAGCAAUUUCUACUGCCUGAAGCCAACCAUGUGCUCAGACUCUGACAACUACUGUGUGACCUUCUCUGCCUCCGGUGGCAUUGGAAAACUUGUGGACUUUGGCUACUCUCUGAGCAAGGGCUGCUCCCCUACCUGCCCUGGCCCGAGCAUUAACCUCGGCGUGGUAAAUGUAGACACCAGAUGCUGCCAGAGCUCCCUAUGCAACUUCAGCGCUGCCGGAGGUGGGCCUCAGGCUAAUUCCCUGCUGCUGGGCCUUGGGCUUCUGUUCAGCCUGCUGUCGGUUUUGCUUCGACUGAGUCCCUGAGCUCCUUUACCUGGUCCCCCAUGCUCCCCCAGCUCAGGAAGAAAAGCCCAGCCCCUUCCAGACUCCAGGAGGCUGUUGGAGCAUCCAACUCCUCCUCAUGCCUGAUCCUCAGCCCCAGGGCCCAGCCCACCCCUGCACCCACACCCACCCCUUCCCCAGUGCCACCUUAUUUCUGGGCUCAGUCCUGUCCCUCUGAACCCUUAGGGUCUUAGGGACAGGACUUAGUUUUGUAGACGCACAGGAGGAACACCUAAACCCCAGGUCCUUUUGGCAGGCCAUUGAGGGAGGGGGAAGGACAUUUUGGGGAGAGCAGGACAAGUAUCAGGCCCAGUGGGUGCACCCCAGAAAGCCCCUUAUCUUGGAAUUUCUGCACACACAAUGCACUAACUUUAGGGGUAACCUUUGGGGGAGCUAUUAAUGCCCUCAGCUCCAGGCACCCGCCCCAGAAUCAGCUGAGCCCCUGUCCCCCUACCCCAACAUGGGUGCCCUGCCACUGCUUUGGUGCCUCAAAUAAAUGGUGUUCCUACCCCUUGC